AUGGAUGCCCAGCUGCUAAAAGCUUCAAUGCUUAGCCCUUCAGCCCCCAACACCUCAAGAUCUUCAAGACCCACUCCCCAUUUGGUCUCGCACACCAUUUUUAAGACCACCAACAAUGUCUUUCGAUCCAACCCCGGGAGAAAACCGUGCCAUCCUCUCCGAGUUUCUUCUUCUCCAACCUCUCCCAUCAGAUAUUCAAGGAAGAAAAGGGUGGAUGAGAGUGAAAGUUUAACUCUAGACAGUAUAAGACACUCUUUAAUUCGACAAGAGGAUAGCAUAAUAUUUAGCCUUUUGGAGAGGGCUCAGUAUUGUUAUAAUGCAGACACAUAUGACCAUGAUGCCAUAUCGGCAGAAGGAUUUCGUGGGUCGCUCGUUGAGUUUAUGGUCUGGGAAACUGAAAAGCUCCAUGCGCAGGUUGGCAGAUACACGAGCCCAGAUGAGCAUCCUUUCUUCCCAGCAUAUUUACCUGAGCCAAUGCUUCCCCCUUUGCAGUACCCACAGGUUCUGCAUCCUUGUGCCGCUUCAAUUAAUAUAAACAAUAAGCUUUGGAAUAUGUAUUUUAGAAACCUUCUUCCCAGAUUAGUCAAAGCUGGAGAUGAUGGUAAUUGUGGAUCAGCUGCUGUUUGUGACACACUUUGUUUGCAGGCACUGUCGAAGAGAAUCCACUAUGGUAAAUUUGUUGCAGAGGCCAAAUUUCUUCAAUCCCCUGCUGAAUAUGAGACUGCCAUUAGAGCACAAGAUAGGACUCAAUUGAUGGCCUUGCUGACAUUCGAAACAGUGGAAGAGGCGAUCCAAAAGAGAGUAGAGAUGAAGACCAAAACUUAUGCCCAAGAAUUAAAAAUCCACCAAGAGGAAGAUGAAGCAAGUCCUGUAUACAAAAUCAAGCCGCAUUUAGUUGCUAGUCUGUAUCGAGAUUGGAUCAUGCCUCUGACAAAGGAAGUUCAGGUUGAAUACUUAUUGAGAAGAUUGGAUUAA